AUGACAGGAGCAACAAGCCAAAAUACGAUACAGAAGGAGGAGGAGAUUAAUAAUGAGGAUGACCCACUUGCCGGAGUGAAAGGGCUCAAGGCUAAAUUUGGAGAUAAGCUUGUUGAUUUAAGUGAUGUUCGCCUUCAUAAGCCACAUAGUGUUAUUCCAAAUAAGCAUCCAGGUUUGGGCCAAAAUACUCAUGAAACAACUAACGAUAUUGACCGGACAGCAGGCGGAUUACUAAUGACGGGAGGACACCGUCCAAGGGUUGAUAAUACUAAAACAAACUAG